CAUAAUAUAAUACAUAUAUAUUGCUUGAAGUGUUUUAUUUAUUAAUUUUUUUUUUGACAAUAUUAUUCCCACACUUGGAAGCCAACUAAAAAGGACAGACCACUCUAGAGGUUACUUGAACGAAAGUUCAAGGGAACUGAGUCCUAACUCCUAACUUCUAAUCCAAUGAGAGAGAGAACUAUGUUAUUAUAUAUACAAAGCUAAAUCUAAUUGUCAAAACCAAAACUAAAGUCGAAUCUCAAUUCAUUAAAACUAGCUACAUAGCCCACAUUUUUGAGAGUAUAAUAAUUCUUAUUUUGUUAUUGUACUAUAAAGAUUAACGUACUGAAUAUAUAUGGAGAAAGAAAACAAAAGAUUUGCUCUGUUGGUAGGAUGCAACUACCCGAAUUCCCAAUACGAGCUCCAUGGUUGCAUUAACGAUGUGGUUGCCAUGAAAGAGAGCCUGGUCAGAGAGUUGGGGUUCGAUCCAAAGGAUAUUGAGGUUUUGACUGAUGAGGCAGGGUCAUCAUCAGUAAAGCCCACUGGUGAAAACAUCAAGAAGGCUCUUGGUGAAUUGGUUGAUAAGGCUGAAGCUGGGGAUGUCUUGUAUUUUCAUUAUAGUGGACAUGGAACAAGAAUUCCUUCACUCAAACCUCUGCAUCCCAUUGGUAGUAAGGAUGAAGCUAUUGUUCCUUGUGAUUUUAACCUCAUUACUGAUGUAGAUUUCAGGCAUUUGGUGAAUAGACUAGCAAAAGGAGCAAGCUUAACAAUUCUGUCGGACUCAUGCCACAGUGGAGGCCUCAUUGACAAAGAGAAAGAACAAGUCGGACCAACUUCAUUCUCUGACUCUGAUAAUGUUGAUGAUACCACCAUUAAUAAAGCUCUUAAGCCAUCUUCCUCUAAUUCUAAACCCAAGACAAUUCCAUUCGAUUCCAUUCUCAAACACUUGACCUCACUUACAAACAUCCACACCUCCGACCUCGCCACACACAUGCUCGAGCUCUUCGGCUCCAAUUCCAGCCUCAAGUUUCGCCUUCCACGCUUUGACCAGGCACAGCUUCAUCGUGACUUCUCCAACCUCUUGAUGAGGCCCCGGGACAACGGCAUCCUACUGAGCGGUUGCCAGGCGGACGAGACUUCGGCUGACAUGAACCUGGCUGCAGCUGGAGGAAAAGCUUUCGGGGCCUUUAGCAAUGCCGUUCAGACAGUUUUGAAGGAGAACCGGGGAAAGGCGUUGAGCAAUAAAGAGGUUGUGAUAAUGGCCAGGAAGGUUUUGAAGGGUAAUGGCAUUGAUCAUCAGCACCCUUGUCUGUAUUGUAGUGAUGAGAAUGCUGACCUUCCUUUCUUGAUGUGCCAACCAACCACAACCACAUAGAGAUCAGAUAAAGCUACCUCUUCAAAUUCAAUUGAUUAUUGAUUGUUGUGUUGUGUAUUGAUUCUAUUUUACUUGUAUGUUGGUCAUUUAUACUAUUUAAGCUUUUUCCUGUUUAAAA